AUGCAACGUGUAUAUAAAAAGUGUUUUAUAACUGUAGGAACAACACAAUUUAAUCUCCUUUGUGAAUAUAUUCAGACACCACCAAUUUUAAAAGCUUUAAAAAAACUUGGAUGCACUGAAAUAACAUUUCAAAUAGGCAACAGCAACUGUGAACCUAAAGUUUACGAGAAAGAAGGUAUCAAACUCGAUCUCUACAGAUUCAAAGAUUCUCUAGACGAGGAUAUUAAGAACGCAGAUUUAAUUAUAAGUCAUGCUGGUGCAGGGAGUUGCUUAGAAGCUUUGAACGCAAAUAAACCACUUCUGGUAGUAGUAAAUGAGGAUUUAAUGGAUAAUCAUCAAAUGGAGUUAGCAGAACAGCUACAGGUUGAUGGACAUCUUUAUUACUGCACAUGCGACACUCUUGAGAGUACUUUAGAAACGGUAGAUUUCAACUGGCUCUCACCAUUUCCUAAACCUAAUCCUUCAGCAUUUAUCAGCUAUCUGGAUGAUAUAUUUAAGGUUGCUGUGAAUACAUGA